CACAACAAAUCACAGUCCUGCAGAGGGGCGCGCAAAUGAGUUCCUAUUUUGUGAAUCCCACUUUCCCCGGGAGCCUGCCCAGCGGCCAGGACUCCUUCUUGGGCCAGCUGCCCCUCUACCCGGCUGGCUAUGACGCGCUGAGGCCCUUCCCGGCCUCGUACGGGGCGUCGAGCCUCCCGGACAAGACGUACACCUCACCUUGUUUCUACCAACAGUCCAACUCGGUCCUGGCCUGCAACCGGGCUUCCUACGAGUACGGGGCCUCGUGUUUCUAUUCUGAUAAGGACCUCAGUGGCGCCUCGCCCUCGGGCAGUGGCAAGCAGAGGGGCCCCGGGGACUACCUGCACUUUUCUCCCGAGCAGCAGUACAAACCCGACAGCAGCAGCGUGCAGGGCAAAGCCCUCCAUGACGAAGGCACCGACCGGAAGUACACGAGCCCUGUUUACCCCUGGAUGCAGCGGAUGAACUCCUGCGCGGGUGCUGUGUAUGGGAGCCACGGGCGCCGAGGCCGCCAGACCUACACUCGCUACCAGACGCUGGAGCUGGAGAAGGAGUUCCACUUCAACCGCUACCUGACGCGGCGCCGCCGCAUCGAGAUCGCCAACGCGCUCUGCCUCACCGAGCGCCAGAUCAAGAUCUGGUUCCAGAACCGCCGCAUGAAGUGGAAAAAGGAAAAUAAACUCAUCAAUUCCACCCAGCCCAGCGGGGAGGACGCUGAGGCAAAGGCGGGCGAGUAGACGCCUGGGCAAGGACCAGGCCAGCACCGCAACCUCCCUCGGCUUUGCCCCCUCGCCUUCGUCUGCUCCCCAACUUUUCUCCUCAGCCUGCUCCCAUCCGGGGGGCUUCUGCAGCUUCAGGGGGAGCCGGGAGCUUUGCAAACGCCUGAGCAUUUAUUUUUCACACACACACACACACACACACACACACACACACACACACACACAAAUCCCACACACCGCCAAUCCCAGAGGUGGAGCGGGGCACACUGCACACACAGUCCCGCUCUCCAAGGCUGCCCUAGCCGGCUUCGGAUCCCAGGGCGCACCCCGAAUUCGUCCCCGGCUCUUAUGCCAGCGCCUUUACGCGCCCCUGAGCUCGGGACGCGAGGUUGCUGGAGAGGAAAGAACCUGGGCCGAGGCCCUUUGGUGUCUGGGCGUUUUCGCCUCGGCCCCUCUCCACCAAGUCUCGGAGGGCACCACCAGAUCGACUCCGGCCACUGGAAAGAGGGGGCAUAAAGGCUGGGGCCUCAGUACUUCGGUGGCAUCCCGGGCCGCCCCUAGACAGGAAGAAGCGUGAGGAACAAAGGGGGCCCUGAGAAAGCCUUGUCUCGCGGCCCCGCGCUCGCAACCGUCCGUGGAAGAGAAGGAGCCUCAGCUGAGCCGACCCAACCUGAGCGCGGGUGGAACUUUCCAGCCCCGGGAGAGGCUGGGCUCCCGAAGUCUCCAGCUCCGGAUCCCGGAUCCCGGCCUCUGACAGUGCCUACGCUGCCACCAGAGUAGCUUUCAGGACCUAAGGAGGGGGCCCAGGGCCAUGGGGACGGCAAGAGUCCUGGUUUCCAAAUGUGCCAGGGGUGCCUGCGAUUCGCAGCCUCCAGCGGGAAGCACCCUCCAUGCCUUUUGGCUAUAUUCGUGAUUUACUUUCGUCUUUCAGGAUCCAGGAAAAUAACUACGAAGAUACUAGGCACUAACACGAAAUGCUUCCAUUAGCAUCCUCAUUUUGCUCCUGGAGAUCUAAGCAAGACCCUAAUAACUCGGCCCACGGAUUCCCAGCCCCCAAACAGCUUCUGUGGCUGUGGGGAGCCUGGGCCCACUCGCUGGGUUCACCGAGAACCCUCCGAAUUGGGGCCCGGCUUGCUAGAAGAAAGGGACCUGGUGGUGAAGAUUCUCCAGGCUGGAUACUUAAAGCAAAUCAAAUAGCGAACUAAUGACACGAAAACCAUAUUUGCACGAAAGAAAAAUCGACUCCGGUUAUAAAAGUAUAUGGAAUUUGACCUCGCCUCGGAGAAACACUACACAAAAGCUAUCUUUAAUAGACGCCUGUCAUUUAAGAGCGGCAGGGACACUGUCCCUCAUGCACUCGCAAAAAAAACAGAGCCGUAAUUGUAGCUGCUGCUGCGGGCAGGAUUUAUUUCUCCAAUUGGCUAAAUGGCCUCCCCCCUUCCCCGAAGGUGAUAUCUGUAUUUUCAAAUUUCAGAGCUGCCGGCACGACGGGCAGAACCGACCCCAACCUCAACACAAAAAUAAGAGGGGCUGCACAGCGGGGAAAUAAAGUUGUUGUAAAUAAAAUCCAA